AUGGAAAACCAUUCGGAGAUCGAUAAAGGGGCCUUUAAGGUCUCAGUUCGAGAUGAUCAGGAUAUCUCGGCAACGGAGCUAGAGCAGGGGACUGUUGAGGAUUAUUUCAUUGAUGUACAAGAAGAAAACGCCCUUUUGAGGAAGCUAGAUCGACGCUUGCUACCUAUGCUCGCGUUUAUGUAUUUUUUGUCUUCGCUGGAUCGCUCUAACAUUGGCAAUGCAUAUACCUCGGGGAUGAAGGAAGAUCUUUCGCUCACACCACGCCAGUACUCAAAUGCGGUCUCUGUUUUCUAUUCGACUUAUCUAGCGGCUGAACUUCCUGCUGUGUGGCUGUUGAAGAUCGCGAAACCACGCUACUAUAUGUCGUGUUUGGUUUUGUGUUGGUCGCUCAUCACGUUGUUCACUGGCUUUGUCCAGAGCUACAAGUCUUUACUAGCUGUUAGAGUCCUGUUGGGAACUUUUGAGGGCGGUUUUUUUCCCGCUAUGACCUUGCUCAUUACAAUGACGUACAAGCCACAGGAACAAGCCAAGAGAAUAGCGUUUUUCUUUGGCUCAUCUGCUCUAUCGGGAGCCUUCGGCGGCCUUAUUGCCACCGGUCUGGCGUCUGUUAAAAAUGCAGGUGGUUUGGAAGGCUGGAGAUGGCUCUACAUUAUAGAAGGUCUCAUCUCUGUAGGGGCGGCGUUUUGGCUAUUCUUUGGGCUCCCUGACAACAUUGAAAACAUGAGUUUUUUGAACGAUCGAGAGCAAGCUCUCAUGAGAACCAGGUCGAAGCAGCGCAUUCAGUAUAUGGGUGAGAACUCUAAGUUUAGCUGGAAAGAAGUUUCUCUCGCUUUCAAAGACCUCAAGACGUAUUUUGCCUUUGUCAUUCAAUUUUGUCAGGAUACCAUUCUCUAUGGCUUUAGCACUUUCUUAACAGCGAUACUCAAACUAGGUUUGGGAUACAACUCAAGACAAGCUCAAUACAUGAGUGUACCAGUGUACAUCCUCGCCGCGAUUGUUUUCCUGAUCUCUGCCUAUAUGAGUGAUCGAUUUAAAAUAAGAGGACCGGUGUUUUUUGCUUACAACCUACUAGGUGCUGUUGGGUACAUCAUUCUUCUCACAGUGAAAAAGGAUGCGGUGAAGUACUUUGCGUGCUACCUGAUAACUUUUUCUCUUUACACAGGAACUGGCUUAAACAUAACCUGGCUCACGAACAAUGUGGCGCCCCAUUACAAGAGAGCAACAGCUUUAGGUCUUAAUCAAACGUUAGGUAAUCUUUCUGGUGCCAUUGUGGGGCAAGUAUACACAAAAUCGCCUUAUGUUCUAGGAAAUUCAUUCUCUCUUGGAUGUAUUAUUUUAUCGAACAUUCUCGCUGCUCUGCAGAUAAUAUGGUUAAUGAAACUAAACAAGGACAAAGCUGCCAUUUCAGCGGGAUUGAAAAAAGAUUCCAAAAAGGAAAGGAUUGGAGACGAAGCUUUAAAUUUUAAAUAUUGCCUAUAG